ACUGUGACAAGCCCAUCUCCCACAAUCACUUCUGGUCACACAACAGUGCCCUCUGACGUUACAAGUGAGUCUCUAACUAGCACUGCUGGUGCCUCAACAUCAGGUGAGGCAUCAACAACUUCUGAAGCAAACACAUCUGCUGAACAAUCGACAGCGACUUCAGCUGGUUUAACAAGUGCAACUGUGGAAGCUACGUUUUCAACAUCGGGAGUGACCAUGACACCAGAAUCAACCAAAGACACAAUGGAAACAACUACAGCUAUGUCCUCAAGUGUAACAGAAACUUCAACCAGUACUUCGACGGAAACAAGUCCCUCACAACAUUCUACGAUUACCAGUGAGCCUGCCACUACAAAUGAACUAACUUCAGCAGUCACGGACGGGCAAAUAUCUUCCACUACCGUUGGACUCUCAUCUACCCAAGGAUCUGAAAGUACAACUGCAGAGCAAACUGACUCCACAACUGCAGCGGGAACGACCCUUGAAGAUCACACAACAACGUUAGAAAUGUCAACAAUUCCAGCUGAAACAACUACCAUUGUUACACAAGAACCAUCAGCUAGCCCAGAUACUGUGACAAGCCCAUCUCCCACAAUCACUACUGGUCACACAACAGUGCCCUCUGACGUUACAAGUGAGUCUCUAACUAGCACUGCUGGUACCUCAACAUCAGGUGAGGCAUCAACAACUUCUGAAGCAAACACAUCUGCUGAACAAACGACAGCGACUUCAGCUGGUUUAACAAGUGCAACUGUGGAAGCUACGUUUUCAACAUCGGGAGUGACCAUGACACCAGCAUCAACCGAAGACACAAUGGAAACAACUACAGCUAUGUCAUCAAGUGUAACAGAAACUUCAACCAGUACCUCGACGGAAACAAGUCCCUCACAACAUUCUACGAUUACCAAUGAUCCUGCCACUACAAAUGAACUAACUUCAGCAGUCACGGGCGGGCAAAUAUCUUCCACUACCGUUGGACUCUCAUCUACCCAAGGAUCUGAAAGUACAACUGCAGAGCAAACUGACUCCACAACUGCAGCGGGAACGACCCUUGAAGAUCACACAACAACGUUAGAAAUGUCAACAAUUCCAGCUGGAACAACUACCAUUGUUACACAAGAACCAUCAGCUAGCCCAGAGACUGUGACAAGCCCAUCUCCCACAAGCACUACUGGUCACACAACAGUGCCCUCUGAUGUUACAAGUGAGUCUCUAACUAGCACUGCUGGUACCUCAACAUCAGGUGAGGCAUCAACAACUUCUGAAGCAAACACAUCUGCUGAACAAUCGACAGCGACUUCAGCUGGUUUAACAAGUGCAACUGUGGAAGCUACGUUUUCAACAUCGGGAGUGACCAUGACACCAGCAUCAACCGAAGACACAAUGGAAACAACUACAGCUAUGUCAUCAAGUGUAACAGAAACUUCAACCAGUACCUCGACGGAAACAAGUCCCUCACAACAUUCUACGAUUACCAAUGAGCCUGCCACUACAAAUGAACUAACUUCAGCAGUCACGGGCGGGCAAAUAUCUUCCACUACCGUUGGACUCUCAUCUACCCAAGGAUCUGAAAGUACAACUGCAGAGCAAACUGACUCCACAACUGCAGCGGGAACGACCCUUGAAGAUCACACAACAACGUUAGAAAUGUCAACAAUUCCAGCUGAAACAACUACCAUUGUUACACAAGAACCAUCAGCUAGCCCAGAUACUGUGACAAGCCCAUCUCCCACAAGCACUACUGGUCACACAACAGUGCCCUCUGAUGUUACAAUUGAGUCUCUAACUAGCACUGCUGGUGCCUCAACAUCAGGUGAGGCAUCAACAACUUCUGAAGCAAACACAUCUGCUGAACAAUCGACAGCGACUUCAGCUGGUUUAACAAGUGCAACUGUGGAAGCUACGUUUUCAACAUCGGGAAUGACAAUGACACCAGCAUCAACCGAAGACACAAUGGAAACAACUACAGCUAUGUCAUCAAGUGUAACAGAAACUUCAACCAGUACCUCCCCGGAAACAAGUCCCUCACAAUCUUCUACGAUUACCAGUGAGCCUGCCACUACAAAUGAACUAACUUCAGCAGUCACGGACGGGCAAAAAUCUUCCACUACCGUUGGACUCUCAUCUACCCAGGGAACUGAAAGUACAACUGCAGAGUCAACUGACUCCACAACUGCAGUGGGAACGACCCUUGAAGAUCACACAACAACGUUAGAAAUGACAACAAUUCCAGCUGAAACAACAACCAUUAUUACACAAGGACCAUCAACUAGCCCAACAAUAGAAGCAAUAACCACAACACAGUCUCCAACUCCCACAUCUACCACACCCUUUCUAACUACUCAAACUACAUUACCUUUCACAACCACACCCAACACACCAUCAACUACAUCAACUACCCCACCUACCACACCUUCUACAACCACCCUAAUUACAUCAACUACCGCACCUACCACACCUCCAACUACAUUAACUACAUCAACUAUACCUACCACACCUCCUCCAACUACCCUAACUACAUUAACUACACAUUCUACUACACCUAUCCCAACUGCCCCUUCUACUACACCUACCCCAACUACCCCUUCUACUACCCCUUCUACCACACCUUCUCCAACUACCCUAACUACAUCAACUACACAUUCUACUACAUCUAUCCCAACUGCCCCUUCUACUACACCUAUCCCAACUACCCCUUCUACUACCCCUUCUACUACACCUAACCUAACUACAACACCUACCCCAACUACCCCUUAUACUACACCUAUCCCAACUACCCCUUCUAAUACACCUACCCGUUCUACUACACCUACCCCAACUAUCCCUUCUACUACACCUAUCCCAACUACCCCUUCUAAUACACCUACCCCUUCUACUACACCUACUUCAACUACCCCAACUAACCCUUCUACUGCAUCCAGUCCAACUUCUACAACUGCAUCUGCUUCAUUGACGUCAACUUCACUCUCAACAACUGGACCUCCGAUAAUUGUGACUGUGGACACUAUUGAAGUAUCAACAGAUGUCACUGUUAGACUCAACAAAACAUUUAAAGAAGAAUACAGUCAUCCGUCAACACAGGAAUACCAAGAUUUUACAAAAAAUUUCACCAACGAUAUGACCUUACUGUACAACCGCACUAUUAACAAUUUUAUCGACAUAGUAAUAAUAGGACUCAGGAAUGGCAGUGUAGUGGUGGAGCAUGUGGUUCUACUGCGCAUAGAGAAUGGGAAGAACCUAAGUAAUGAGAUUGCUGAGUCAGAAAAACAAAUCAAGGACAUUCUCAACGCGGCCAAAAACUGCACCACAGGCCAAGUAGGCUGUAUUGGGGUGGACAUAAUUGGAGAUGUCAUAGUAAAAAAUUCUACAUUUGAUAAAGAAUCGGUAUGCGACACGACCAAACUAGAUAAGGACUUGAGGAUAUACUACCAUGCAGCACAAAUAGAUGGGCGACUGGUCUGUGUCUCUCCCUGUGCCCCCGGACACAACAGGGAAAAGAACUGCAACACCGGCACCUGUAGUAUGUCAAGGGACGGUCCGGUCUGCAGAUGUAACCAGGACUACUGGUACCUAGACUCCGAUUGCUUCGGUCCUAUCCUGAAGAGGGACCUCUUUGCCGCGCUACUGACCCUGGCAGGACUGGCGAUAGCAGCCGUGGGGGUCAUGGUGGUCUAUGUGCCCUGGCAUAGACGACAAUUACAUAGGGUGAAAGAUAUUCAUACUGGACAAGUUAACCAGUGGCUGGAGGAAGACUUUGAAUGGCCCAACAGGCCAAAUACAGGUGGCCACUUGGUUGGUUCAAGUAGUACCACAGUCCUAACAGAGAAUGAGCCUAACCCACCUUAUGGGGGCCGAGUGGGCAUGCAGUACGACGCAGAGGGAGAUUCCCUGUCAUCCUCCAGUACAAGACUGCAGUCUCCCUACCAUGGAACACAGGCACAGGUGUCCAAGAGGCCUGAGAUCAUCUACCAUGACUACAGUUCCUGGGGUGCUGAUAGGGAUGCCAUUCAAGUCAUACAGACUACUGCCACCUCGUCAGGGCAGCAUUUUACAUUGAGUGACCCUGGCAGCCAAUCAGAGGAUCAGCAUACCGGAGAUAAGGACAUAUUCUGAGAUCUAGUGGGACAUCCUCAACUCUUAAACAGAACUGGACAAAGAACAGGAUAAUACAUUUAAAGAAGUGUUUCUCAUCGACCAACGGAAUAAAGCAGAAAGAAAAAGGAUCUCUUAACGGACAGUCUCCUCUUUGGGAGCGAAGCCUGAAUAACGGUUGUGGGACAAUGCUUUAUUAACACUACACAGGAUUGUCCAAAGAAGUAUGGACUCACUGAUACAGGAGGAUGUGAAACCCAACCUCAGCUUCACUAAUUGAAUAAUCUGCUCUCAAAUCUAUUACCUAUCAGGAAACAACAUGUUUUAUAUGCUAUACUUCAGUGACGCAUGUUUACAAUAAAUCUGCACAAUGAUAUGUUGCUUGUACCAGUUUACCAAUUAGCGUGGCUUCUUUUGCACUUUGGUACCACAACAAAUUAAUGUUGUAAUACCACAUGUAUAUAACAAUCUGUCUUUAUAUAGAACAGACAUUGCACUGUGGUAGUUCUUAUAAAAUCAAAACAUAUUUAAAAUGUGUACCAAAAACUAAGUUAUUUUUGUAAACUGCAUAAUGUCGAACAAUAUUGUAUUAUUGGUAUCACACAUUAAUAGAACAAUAAACACAUCUGAAAUUGGCAGUGAAAUGAACAAUGAAUGAAGGCCAAAGUGAGCCAUUUCUAAUCAGUGCCGCAUCCUCUUGAUCUUGUUGUUUGGCUGCAUGUUCAACGUUCCUUGGCUGUGCACUCAUUUCAUCUUUUCCUGUGCUCAAGCUCUAAUUUGUUACUCCUACUUUGCCUUUAGUUCUAACUCCCUCGGUUGAACAUCUACGGGCCUCACACCACUACCCGUAGCACUCUUAUCAUCAGUCCUCCACCAAUCAGCACUUUGACUACUGCUUUUGGAUUGGCUGAUGCCA